ACCGCGGCCGCGGCCACCGCCGCCGCGCGCCGCGGCGCCUUAAAUCUUGAUCUCACCUGAGCGGAGGGGUGGGGGUAAGGCUAGUCUGGGCGCGCUUCGAGCCACCGAACGGAAGGCAAUCUGCUCGAAUCCGGCGGACCGCGAACAGGUUACCCCGUGUACUCGUGUUACAUUCUCCUUCUAUUUCUUCUUCUUCUUCUUCCUCCCCUUCUUCUGUUUCUUCUUCUUCUUCUGCUUCUUCUUUGCUUCUCCUCCGCUUCUUGUGUUUUUUCCCUGCUCCUCGAGUUAUGGAUACCGCGAAGGGUGGACGAAGCGACGACCGGUGUUGAGAAGAGUCACGUGUUCCUUCUGAGCUGUCAAACGAGUGCGCGAGAUAAAUUCGUUAAAUAUAUAUACAUACAUAUAUAUAUACGUUGCGGAUGGUAGGUGAGUUUGAGAGGUGGUAGAGAGCGUGUUUUCGCGAGAAGGAUCGGGAAGCAAAGUUAUUACACGGGAGAAGAGGAAUCGAAAAAGAAGCGGAGUAUCGGGAAGGUGAAAGACUGGAACAAGGUCGAGCAGAGAGAGAGAUUGAAAGAAGGGCAAGUAUAAAGAGCGUGGGUUACCUGAAAUCUGGAUGUCAGCUGCUCCCGCGAGAGGCGCGAGGAGCGAGUGGGGGUGAGGCUGGCCGUUGGCGCGCUUCGAAAGCCCGAACGGAAGGCAAUCUGCUCGAAUCCGGCGGAGCGCGAGCAGGUUAUCCCGUGGUUGCCUGUAUACCUCGUCGCCCGUUAUUGGGGAAGGGAGGAGGGACGGGACGGGCGGUGGAACAGAGACGGUAGGAGGCCGAGAGAAAGAAAUCGAGGAUCGAAGUGAAAGAGGAGCGCGGUGGUGGAAAGAGGGAGGGAGAGAGGGAGAUAGAGCGGCGGAGAGACAGAGAGAGAGAGAAAGGGGGGGAGGGUAGAGAAGGGCACACACGUCUAUAGGUAGUCACGAGCUUCGACGAAGCGCCUGCGCUCGCGAGCACUCCUCGCCGUUACCUCCUCGCAUCGACUACGCUCGUCCACGUAGACGCGACAGCCGACGUGAAAGCUCGCGCUGCGAUGAGGCGCGCUCGCCGACGGAUCCAAGGACAGGAUGUCACUCCGCUCCGUUGAUCGCACGCGGGAAGCCACGCCGGGUCCUGGCGUCGAUUGCGCUCGCGCGCCCCUGCGCCAGCGCGACGCGCACACCGAUCGCAUCGUUUUCUGACACCUCUCGCGAGUGCGGGCCAAAGUGCGUGCGUGCGACGACCGCUCCUCUUCGAUCCUGUCCCGAUCGCGCCCUCCAGGACUCGUCGCCCCGUGAAAACUCGUGGAAAUUGGUGAGGAGAUCGAGCGCGACGGACGAGUCGCUCGAGAAGAGGGCGAAGAAGGAGAGAGGAAGGAAGGAAGGGAGGGGCGGAGGGGGUGGACCGAGGGAGAAGAAGCGGAGAGAGAGCAUCCGUCGGACGCGGAAGGACAGGAAGAGAAACGAUCGCGUAGUCGUAGGGAGGACGGGUUUGGAAGGUAGGGAAGUGGAGGAGGAGGAGGAGGAGCUGGUGCUGGGUGUGGAGGGGGUGGAGGUGAUCGUCUGGUGAUGAUGAUCGGUGGCGGCGUCGCGACCCCUCCUGGUACUGCCAAGUCGGUGGCUGCGAUCGACAGCGAAAUGGUGCAGGUCGACGGCAUUGGCAGUGGUAGUGUCAGUGGCAGUGCUAGUGGUAGUGGUAGUCCCGCGACAGGCGCGACUACUACGCGUAUCGCCAAUUCCAAUAACGUUGGCGGCAACAAUAAUAACAAUAAUAAUAACGGCGACGUUGCGAACAACAACAACAACAACAACGAGGGACACGCGGUGGUGAAUUGCGGGAGCGGGCCAGGCGCCCCGUUGACCGACAAGUUUUGCUGUCACGACGACGAUGCCCCCGUGAGCACCGGCGUCGCCCGACCUUGGGAACCACCCUCGCCGACCUUCUCGCAGACGAGGUCGCAUCUGUUUCAGGUCCAUCCACCGCACCAUCAUCAGCAUCCAGCCGCGCACCACCAUCAACAGAUGACCGUGCCUCCGGUGUCGUUGAUCGACGGGGUGAGCCUGCAGAACUGUACCGCGGGCCCAUUCGCGAGCGGGAACGGCGGUGGAAGCAGCCGUCAACGUUUGCUCGAGCUGUCCCAUGGAUUGGGGGCAUUGAGACACUACAACGACCUGGCCAAUCACGUGCUCUCGUUGAAUCAACAGGGGGCGGUCGUCACCAAGCUUCUGGCUCGUUCUGUUCCAGGUACGCUGCGCCCGCCGGGUUUAAUCGGUGGUAGCAAGCCGAAAGUCGCGACGCCGGCCGUCGUCGCCAAGAUCGAGCAGUACAAGAGGGAGAACCCGACCAUUUUCGCAUGGGAGAUUCGGGAGAGGCUCAUCUCCGAAGGCGUGUGCAGCAACGCGACGGCCCCAUCGGUGAGCAGCAUCAACCGAAUCCUACGGAACCGCGCGGCCGAACGGGCGGCCGCCGAGUUCGCGAGGGCGGCCGGCUACGGGUUGUACGCGGCGGGCCCUCACCCGUACUUCAACAGCGGCCACCAGCACCCAACGACCAGCCACCACUUGCCCGCCGGUUGGCCGGCGCCGGGGGCGGCUGCCCACCCCUGGAUGCUGCCACCGUUGGCUACCGGCAUCUCGGGCGCCGCUUCCGCCCUGCUCCUUCCGCCGUCCUUGAGCCCAGGCGCGGCAGCCGCGGCCGCUGCGGCCGCCUCCGCCUCCGCCGCCGGCGCGCCUGACCACUCGCUGCACGCGGACGCCAUCGCCCGGGGCUACUUGCAAGACGGCGACGGGGACGAAGGAAGCCUGGACGGGUCGGAGCAGCCGAAAUUCCGGCGGAAUCGUACGACGUUCAGCCCGGAACAGCUGGAGGAGCUCGAGAAGGAAUUCGAACGAUCUCACUAUCCUUGCGUGUCGACGCGGGAGCGGCUGGCGUCGAAGACGUCUCUUUCGGAGGCUCGUGUGCAGGUUUGGUUUUCCAACAGACGGGCAAAGUGGCGUCGUCAUCAGCGAAUGAACCUCUUAAAGCGUUCGCCGCCGCCACCUCCGCCUCCGCCGCCACCUCCGCUGCAGCAGCAGCAGCAGCAGCAGCAGCAGCAGCAACAGCAGCAGCAGCAACAGCAGCAGCCGCCGCAACCGCAUUCCGCAUCCGGUAUAGAGGUAAACCGUGCGUCGAGCUGCUCGAUCGGCGGAAUGGGAGGAGAGAGUAGCGCGUUCCGGGUGGUGGUGACCAACUCGUCGUCGUGUUCGUCGUCGUCGAGGGAGCUGAGCGAGAGGAUGGAGAAGAAGGUGGCGGAGUCGAUCGCGAGGCAGCCGGAACGGAAGCCGAGCGCUUUCAGGAUGAUCAGCCAACUCGUCGGGGAAGACUCGCCGAGUAUAUCGAACAAGUCGUCGAGCCCCGCGAGCUACGAGCAACGGGAGAGGCACGAGGCGUCGAACGUCGGAUCAGGGAUCGGGGCCGAGUCGAGGGGCAAAGAGGAAUUGGAGCGCGUGGAGGACGAGGAAGAGGACGAGGAGAUAGACGUUCAAGACUCGGACCAAGAUGUUCCCUCCUCGCCCACGGUCGGGGCCUGGCGGGAUCAUUGGACGGAGCAGCAACCUUUGGAAUUGACGAAACACGAUCGUUGAAACGAUCGCCCCUUUCUUUCUCCUUUUCGAUCGUUGCAUUAAACACGCGUCCGAUCGAUCCUCUUCCUUUUCUUUUUCCUUACCACGAAACGUUGUGAUUUAACGUAAUUGCGUGCGUGUAUGCCUCUGCGCGCAUGUGAGUCUGUGUGUGCGUGUGUGUGUGUGUGUAUAUACGCGCGUACACUCGGAGAGUGACAUUAUAUCCGUGGAGAAAAAGUGCGUAAAAAACAAAAAAAAAAAAAGUGCGUGACUAAUCUCGUCCGAUCGGUGGAAAAACUUUUAUCCGGAUCCCCUUGAACGGACCCUUUUCAACCUCGGUGAAAUCCAAUCACGAACGGAUCGUGGUGGUGGAUCGUCGAAACUUGUGAUUCGCGCGUCCCCGCUUCCCGAUUAUUUCGAUCGAUCCCGAUCGAUCCCCAGCGUCUUACAGAACCUACUCGCUCCCAUUUAUCACGAUUAAGUUUACGAUAAACGCGAAGAUUUGCGAAGAUGGUUGUGCGUAGCAAAGUUGAGAAGCCGAAAUUCCGCGUGCAAAAUGCGUGGCGCGUCAUCGUGGCGCGUCGUCGUGAUCGAAAAUUUUCAAAUUACCGACGGAUUUUAGAUAGGUUGGUUGGUCGAUACGUGUCUGUAAUUGCGCCACGUAUAUUAUAUACAAUUUAGAGCGGCGCGGCACAGGACGAUACGUUCCUCCGCUGUCUGGAAAGCGAGGAGCAGCGGCGGACACGGACACGUGUCCGGACACUUAUCCGCAACACUAGUCCUAGUGAGAAUCCGUUAUACGUCCGAAGAUAAUGCAGAUUGCCUAGGUACUAUUACUACUACUACUACUAUUACUAUUACUAUUACUACUACUACUACUACUACUACUGCUACCACUACGUAGAUAGAAUAGUCGAACAGAUGGUAAUACUGUAACGAACACUCUGUUAAAAAACGACUUUUAUUUAAAUGAAAAUAUCGUUUGUAAAUAUCUA